CUCUCCCUCCCUCCCUCCCUCCCCUUCUCCCUUUUCUCCCCACCUUGCUCUUCUUUUGCCACAUUGCACAAAUACAAAGCUCUCAUUGUUAACUACAUAGAUUUUAAUUUUGAAAGGUAAAAUAGGCCAAAGAAGGACAUAUCACACCUGUCUUUCUAGACAACCAGACCACUACAGCAUUGAGUUGAAAAAGAAAAAGCUGUUGCAGAUAGACAAAAAGGAGGAAGGACAAUUCAAACCAUGAAAAUGAUGACUAGUCGUAAGUCACUGUGGGUGCUGCUGUCUAUACUUAUCUUCUGGGUCUCGUUUACAGUUUUCAGAAACCCAUCGAAGAUAUGGCUUCAGUUCAAGUUGCCUGUGUCCUUCAGUCGCUGGAAUUUGGUCACGACAUCCUCAUGCCCUACAGUGCCUCUGAACCUACCAGUUUUACCAAAAGAGACAGAGCUGAGAGUCAGGGAGGUCCUGGAGAAACUAGACAAACAGAUCCCUCCCAGACCUUUCACCCACCUCAACAACACCACCAGUGCCACACACAGCACAGCCACCAUCCUCAACCCUCAAGACACUUACUGCAUGGGGGACAAACUGGAUGUGCUGUUGGAAGCUAGGGACCACCUGGGACGCAGGAAGGAGUAUGGUGGGGACUUCCUGAGGGCCAGGAUGUCCUCCCCAGCCCUGAAGGCAGGAGCUUCUGGAAAGGUGACAGACUUCAACAAUGGCACCUACCUUGUCAGCUUCAUUCUGUUCUGGGAGGGCCCGGUCUCCCUGUCUAUCCUGCUCAUCCAUCCCAGUGAAGGAGUGUCAGCUCUCUGGAGAGCAAGAAAACAGGGCUACGACAGAAUCAUCUUCACUGGCUGGUUUGUAAAUGGAACCUCUCAGGUCCACACUGAUUGUGCCUUGGUUCUAAACUCAAGUGUCGAGCUGUGCCAAUAUCUGGAUGCCCAGGACCAAGAAGCGUUCUACUGUGUAAAGCCUCCAAAUGUACCCUGUGCAGCUCUUACCCAUAUGCAAUCAAAAAACAAGGAAGUUUCCUAUCUUAGACAGCAAGACAGGAGCCUCUUUGAAAGGUCAAAUAUAGGUGUGGAGAUUAUGGGAAAAUCCAAUGUGAUUAGUGUCUCCAAAUGCAACAAAGAAGCUGUUCCAGCAAAAGAGAGAUGCAAGCUGGGAAGGUGUCUACAAUCCCCAGUGGGCAUGUCUGGAAGAACAUUGUGGAACCCAGCCUCCUGUAGUUUGGCUCCAAUCAAAAUGAAAGAAUGCCUGAGAGGAAAAUUCAUCUAUCUGAUGGGUGAUUCCACAAUCCGCCAGUGGAUGGAAUACUUCAAAAGCAGUAUCAACAUCCGAAAUUUCCUGGUGGAUUGUGCAAGAGCACGGCGGUCCCCUGUAUUCAGCAAGCCGCUCUGCCGGGAGGGCUGUAACAGUUGGGCUGUCCCUGGCCUGGUCCACAUAUCCCUGCUGUCCCCUGCGGGCCGCCGCCGAAGCCAGAACUCCUGCCACAGGGCAGCAGCGACGGGAUGCGGGGAGAAGAAUGACACGUUGAAUGGGUGA